UCCACUUUCUUAAUAUUCGUGUCCAAAGUCUAAAGUAAAUAGCACAAUUUAAAGGAAUUGGAGGGACUAAUAAGUAUAUUUGUUUGAAAGUUUCACCAAUUAAAUUCAUAUUACUUACCUACACAAACCCCCACAUAGCUGCAUAUCAAAUGUCGGACGGUAAUUCUACUUCACUCUAUUAGUUCAGAAAACACUGAAAAGUCCUCAAUUUAUUGGAUUUAAGGCUUAACCAUCAAAUGAUUUUCAAAAACAAUCUGUCGUCAACCCACCAACGGCUAUUAUUUGCCGCCAAAAAGGUUUUUUCAAUUGACCAUGCAUAUCAACUGUUCGAUGAAAGCCCCCAACGAACAUUUUGUUCUCUUACUAAUUGUAUGCUCACUUACAUAAAUCAAAACCUUAGUUCUAGAGCUCUCAAUGUCUUUAAGAGGGAAUUACAUGAUAAUUAUCUUGAUAGGAUUGAUGAAGAUGUUGUGGCUGUGGCUGUUAAAGCUUCCUGUGGGGAUCGAAAAACGGGUAUGAUGCUGCACAGCUUUGCAGUUUCAUCUGGGUUUAAUCAGUUUCGUGCUGUCUCAAAUUCUUUGAUGAAUAUGUACGUUAAAUCAGGACAUUUUGAUCGUGCUUUUUGUUUAUUCAACAGUAUGAAUGAACCUGAUACUGUCAGUUAUAACACUAUCCUAUUAGGUUUUCGGAAUACAGAUGAAGCUUUGUAUUUUGUUACUAACAUGAAUAAAAAUGGAGUGGUUUUUGACCCGGUUACGUACACUACAUCACUGUCAUUUUGUUCUGAUUACAAAGGGUUUUUGUUGGGCUCCCAAUUGCAUUCAAGCAUACUUAAAUCAGGCUUCCAUUGCGAGGUGUUCAUUGGGAAUGCACUUAUCUCAAUGUACUCGAGAUGGGGUCGAAUUACCGAUGCUGAAAGAGUGUUUAAUGGAAUGUCCUUCAAGGAUUCAGUAUCUUGGAAUGCUAUAUUAUGUGGGUAUAAUCAAGAUGGAAGAUAUGAUAUAAAAACAUUACGCACAUUUUGUGAAAUGUUGAGGCAGAAUAUGAGACCAGAUAUUAUCUCAUUAAUUGCUGCAAUCUCUGUUUGUGGGCAUAAGAGACUUUUGGGGUUGAGCAGGUUGUUGCAUUGCUUGGUUAUAAAAACUGGAUAUGUUGGAAAUAGUGCAGUAUGUAAUCUUUUGAUGUCGACUUACUCAAAGUGCGAGGUUAAUGAGGACGUCAAGCUUGUAUUUGAUGGCAUUUAUGAAAAAAAUGUGGUUUCUUGGACAACAAUGAUUUGUGUUUUCCAAGAAGACGCACUCUUCAUCUUCCAUGAGAUGAGGAAAGAUGGAGUCUACCCAAAUGAUGUAACAUUUAUUGGGUUACUACAUGCCAUUACACUAGGGGAUUUUUUCAAUGAAGGUCAAAUGAUUCAUGGGUUUUGUCUCAAAACCGGUUUUCUAUUAGAAUUAAAUGUGUCUAAUAGUCUUAUCAGCAUGUAUGCAAAGUUUAAAUCAAUGGAAGAUUCAAGAAAGGUAUUUGAGGAGCUUUGUUUCCGGGAUAUUGUGUCUUGGAAUUCUCUGAUAUCUGGAUAUGUCGAUAACAAGUUAUAUGACGAAGCUCUUAAGAUGUUCCGUUUAGCAAUAGCAGAGACCGUACCAACUGAGCACACAUUUGGCAGUGUCUUAAGUGCAACUGGAUCUGCUGAAGCCAUUUCAUUAAGGUUUGGACAACGAUGCCAUGCUCAUUUGCUGAAACUUGGAAUGAAUUUCAACUCAAUUGUCUCAGCUGCACUUCUAGAUAUGUAUGCAAAACGAGGCAGUCUAUAUGAGUCCAUGAGAAUUUUCAACGCAACAAUUCAAAGAACACAAUUUGCUUGGACAUCAAUAAUUUCAGCCCAUGCAAGACACGGGGACUAUGACUCCGUUAUGCAACUAUUCAAUGAGAUGCACAACCAAGGUGUAGAACCCGAUUCUAUCACAUUCCUUUCUAUGUUGACAGCAUGCGGAAGGAAGGGAAUGGUCGAUAUGGGCUUUCAAAUUUGGGACUCAAUGAUCAAAGACAACCUGACUGAACCAUCAACAGAGCAUUAUGCUUGUAUAGUCGAUUUGUUGGGUCGUGCAGGAAGAUUAAAAGAGGCAGAGGAAUUGCUCUAUCAUAUGCCUGGUGGACCGUCAUUUUCUGCAUUACAAAGCUUGUUAGGGUCAUGCAGAAAGCAUAGGGAUAUGGAGAUAAGUCAAAGAAUCGUGAAUAGAUUGAUAGAAAUGGAACCUGAAGAAUCAGGUUCAUAUGUUCUAAUGUCGAAUUUGUAUGCUGAAAAAGGAGACUGGGAGAAGGCUGCAGCAAUGAGGAGGAAGAUGAAGGACGGCAGAGUCAGAAAAGAAGUCGGGUUUAGCUGGGUUGAUGUAGGCGUUACUGAUGGUUCAUUGACAAUGCACGGAUUCUCAUCGGAUGAUACUUCUCAUCCACGGACUAUGGAGAUUCUCGAAAUGGCAGGAUACUUAGGAUUGCAAAUGAAAUCCUUGGAGAUAGAGAAGUUGAAGAAGAGCUUGGUAGAUGUCAAUUGAAAAAUACAGCAUUUCAAGUAUGACUUGUAUUUGUCAACUUGUAUAGGUAUUUGAACAAGGUUUAACAUUAGAGAUAUAAAUGACAUUUCGUAGGCCAUUUUCAGACAAAAUUCAGAAUUUAACUUUUGCAGAUUAGGAGUGAUUGUCGUACGAGCGAAUCUGGAACAAAUUUUUAUCAAAUUUUGUAAGCUGUAAUUAAACUAUCGGCCGUAAAAAA